AUGACGUCAUCGCGUAGUUCGUUCCGAUUGGCCGAGUGGGCCAGGUAUCGAUCUCGCGGGAACAUGAUCAACAUCUCGCGAGAACGGGAUCCAAGAAUACCGCGAAAAGAGAAGCAGGAACUGAGAAUGAUAAACAAUGAGAGGCAGGAGCGAUUUAUCACCUGGGUUACCCUUGCAAUUCCGGCGACAGCAGCAGAGAUGGUGAGUUCAUUUUUGCAUUACCGAUCACUACAUUUAUAUUUAAAUUAUGGCUCCAAACAGUCAUGAAAAUAUAAACUUUCACUUCAUCAUAAGCAGCUCGAAUCAACGUGAAACAAAGUUUGAGGGUUAACGGUGGACAGAUGUACCUUCAUCAUGUUGUGCAACUGUCAUGAAUGGUAUACAAAACAAAGAAAAAAAGGACCCAAAAAUGCAAAACAAAGGAUUUAAUAAAAAGAGAACUAAAUGAAAAAACAACAAAAACUUUAGUUAAAAUGUCCAAAAGGCAAAAUCUCACAUAAAACAACAGAUGGAGAGAGGAGUGAGGGGAGUUUGUUUCCGUUCGUCUAAAAAGCAAAGGAACUCUGCCAUUUAAUUUUGUGAGUAUUCUUAUCAAAUUGAAACCAACACUGUGGUCUUUUGCAAACUUAAAGACUUUAUCAAGAUUCAUUGGUCUAUUUAUUCGUCGAAUUAGUCCGACUCCGUUUUACACAGCCACAGGUUCAGUUUCAUUCAAGUAUUUUUUCUCCUCUCUUUCCUUUCUUCUUCACGGCCAAAUCUACAACUAACAAGUGAGAAAACAGCAUAAGAGCAGAAAGUUUCUGUAUCAAAUUAGCCACGAGUGUUUAAAAUUCAACAGACAAUGUUCGCGUUGUACUUUAUUGCUCACACUCAGACACGAAGAGAGAAAAUAGGUACUAAGGGCCUUAAAGAACUGCAGGGGCUGUAUGUAAAUUAUAGGGUUAAGGCGUUGAGGGGUACGGAGCUUUAUUAUAAUAAAUGAAGUCAAGAAACAUUGUGCCAUGUAUUAUUCAGAGCGCUAGUGCUCUCUGUGGAUAAGGAACAUUGCAUGCUUUCCUGGACCGGAGCUCUGUGUCUGAUCUCGACUCAAAGAGAGAUAGUAAACGCAUUUUUGUGGAGGCAGAAUUUUAAUGAAUGGCACACUUUGGGGUUUGAGCCGCUCUGAGGUAAGAAGGGUUCAUAAAACCUGACUGCACAUGAGACAGUUAGAGAUCUGCUUACUUAUUAUUUUCCAGCCCUGACUGCCCCGUGAGGACUCGUGUGAAAGGAGGGGAGAGUUUUCAGUCUCAGCGCUGACAGGCGAUGUCUAAAUGGCAUCUGCUCAGCCGCUGCACGCCAUCUCUGAGGUGAAGGCUGAACUUUAGAUCCGAAAUCUGAAUCACAGGAAUGUCCCGAGGCGACAGGCAGGGCUGUGAUCACACAAUGUGCAUAAAAAAACGACAAUUACACAGUAUUUGUAUAAAGAUUUUACACCGACGCUUCAGUCGAAUUAUGAAAGGUUUGAGGCUACGUUUACUCUGGUAUUACAAAAAUUUAAUAGACAAUAAGCAGAAGGUAAAUUAUGCCAGAUUAGCAUGACGCUGCAGAGACAUCAUGCUGUUAGAGCCGGUUGAAGGAAAGAUAACACCAAUCAGACUUAACAAUAGGACUACUGACAUGUAGAGGGAAUUACAUAGAUUAUGUUAGGGCCUAUCAGUGGGUUGGAUGUUUGGCAGCAGCCUAAAGUUGAAGAAAAAAAGACUGGGUGUCGGGAUGUAUCAGUAAAUGCUGCUCUUACAUGGUGCUCUGGUCAGUACUUAUCAAAAAAGUUGGCAAAAAAAAGAGACAACCAACAAACCUGGGGUCAAACUGCGGAAACGAUAAACACUGACUCUGAUUGACAGCUGUCAGUGCAUCGCAGUUUGCUGUAAGGGUGCCCGCGCUGACCCUCGUCCACCACCCAAAGUGUAAAUAAUGGGCGCAAAAAUAUCAGCAGUAACUUGAACAAUGAAUGAAUAAUUCAAGGAGAAUACAAAUUUAAUUUUGUUCUUUAUUGACACCAUGUGAGACUUGAGGUUUGACUUGGACUUGCAAAAACAAACAAGAAAAAUCUUGUCCAUCAAAUAAAGCAGAAUUUUAUUACGUAAAAUAAAAAAAACAAAAAAUGUAACACCUUAGAGAAAUGUAGUGGAAUAGAUUAGUCAUGUCUGACACUGAACUGAAGCUUUACGAUUGAUAGUAACAGUUAUGAUGGGAACUAUCUGCCAAGUUCUUCUUGUACUUUAUGAACUGGGAUUUUGAGACUCUGCAGAGAACAGACCUCUUGUAACAAUUGGAUUUCCUGCUCGGUAACUGUCAAUAUUUGGCGGUGCUUCUUCAUGUUUUAUUAUGACUCGGAACAUUGUGUUCAGGCAACGGUUCUCUCCAGGCGCCCCUUCAACCUCGAGUAGCUCUGUUGGUAUGGCAUCAGAUUUUAGAUACAGUGCAGCAAGAUUCAAGCCCCAUCAUGUCUGAAGCCCACAUGCUUUUUGCAGGGUUUUACAGAUGUAUAAGCUGCUGAACUUUGCUGAUGAGGUUUUCAAUAUAUUAUUAACGUGUGAAUGAUUCAUCAAGACAGAUACCAAGACAUUUAUAUGUUAAGACUCUUAAAAAAUGCUGAAAUGAAUGUCUCUUGCAUUGAUUUAGUUUUGCCUGCAACAAAUACAAGUUAAGACAAAUAAUGUGGAGGUAUUCUGUAGAGAGUUUAAGUAAAAAUGUACCUUCUCAACAGUAAGAUGUAAAAAGUAAGCCGAGAAAUACAGAGCAGUGUCAUCGGCAUAAAGGUGGAACUUACAGGCAAAACCCACAGGGUUCAGAACGGCUCCGCUCUGCGCCGGCAUGGCUGGUGGAUCAAAUCCGCAAGCAUUAUAAUCAAUGUGAGUCAUUCCACAGAAUCCAUCCGGCAUCCGGCUCCGCUGUGGAAAGUCAAUACAUUGAAAUGUUCCCAACUUGAUAAUGGGAGAGGCCAGGGUUGUGGGAUGUGGGUAUUUAUAUACAUCGCCGUUUAUAUACACCAAUCGGCAGAUCUUAUUCUAUGACUCCCGGGGAAACACGCGAGAGCUUGUGAGAUCUCCUCCAGUCUUGCGAGAAAUAUUGGCAAUCUCACGAGCGCUUCUCCUCCGAUGCCGGCGGGGGAUCGGAUCCGGUGGGUGGUCUAGAGUGGAGUGGAGCCAUUCUGGAUCCUAUGGGUUUAGCCAGUUAGAGUCAGUUAUAUAGGAGACAAUGUUUUUGAUAUACCUGGUAAAUAAAACAGGACCUAAGAGCGACCCUUGUGGAACACCUUUCGUUAAUGGCAGAAGUUCUGAUUGAAUAUUGCCCAAAAUGGUAGCACAAUGCUUCACCAUUAAAGAGAGGAAACAAUUAACGUAGCUGCAGAAGUGGUGCUGUGCAACCAGGUUGUUAAAUGCUUAAGGAUCAAUUAUUUACAAUUGGCUGAUAUUGGAUAGAAUCACAGUUUUCUAGAUAUUGAAAACUUUCAGAGAGACUAAAGAUUGAAAAAUUGCUUUGGACAGAAAUCUUAAAGCCUGAGCAACCUCUACAGAAGAGCAUUUGGCAUUGGAUCUGCACCUGUUCCCCCGCUGAACUUGAAAAGUCUGGGAACAUUUUUUAAUUUAAAACGACAUCUUCAGAUACUCACAGCACUCCUUUCUUUUUUUUUUGCUACGACUGCAUUCUCAAGCUGCAAACAUAGUUGAAUGGAAAUGCAAUAACCUUAAUCAGCUCCAAAUACUCUCGCUUGCCAAUCUCCCCGAGGAAUAGUGAGGCAGAGCGAAUCUCUUAUCCCAUUAGCCAGUUUUCAUUUCCUUUUCCGAGGGUCAGAAUGUGAAGCACACCUCUACUAAAGCAUUCAUAAAUAGCAUGAACGUAAUGGCAGCUGUGAAUAUUUUUUUCCGCCAGUGUUUGGACAUAACAACUCCCACUUUUUCGUUACCCAGUCACAGUUGUGUCAUCCACGCGUCUCAGGCAGAAUGCUGAGGCGGAGUGAACUGACUAACGCGCGGCUAUUUAUGGACGUAAAAGAGAGCCUCAUGAUUAACUGUGUCAAGUGUGGGAGGUACUGCUUUCACACACUGGGAAAUUUACUCCAUACCCUUCCUCUCCACUGAUCCUGCCCAUGUGAUUUAUCUAAUGGCUUUGGUAUCUCAUCUGCAGCCAGUCUCCCUGGUGCCCUUCGCUGUGUUCGUAUAAAAUAAAGAAGGAAGGAGGGAAAGAAAAUGUACGCUUUCUAUUCAGGGAGGAGGAAAAACUCUUGAAUAUGAAACAGAGAGCGGCCUGAUAAAUAUGCAUACAUCUUUUCACAUGAUCUAGUCUUCAUCCCCAUGCUAACAAGCUCACAAUGAAAAAAUGCAAAGGUUUGUGCUUUGCAGGUACAAUUUCUGCAAUGUUCACCAUCCCUGUUCUUGUUUGUAAGUAUGCUAACAUGUGCUAAUUAGUACGCUAAUUAGGUUGCAAACACCAAUUAGAGCAGAUGCGACUGAAAAUAACUCAUUUUAAGGGUGGUGGAUUUUAGACUAUAAAUUCAACCAAAUUUGCACAAAAGGAAACACAGAGGAGUGAGAAAAUUUAUGACAACUCACCUCAAAGAUGACAUGAAUAUCUAAAAACCAAAAUGUCAUGUCGCAACCUGCUGCUGCCGGUGGAAGAGAAAAAUUUAGAUGAGAAUGCAACCUCUUGAAAACAUGAUAUUUCAUGCAUUCACUGAAAUAUUUUGUAGAGGGAUUAAGGAUAAACUAUUUCUCUACAGUUGGACAUGAUUGGACAUGAGGUAUUAGAAAUAUUUAAUGCAUAAAUUUAUGAAAUUAUUCAUGCACAUUUUUUUCUGUGACUCAAAAAAACCUCACUUCACUCCAGUUAAGGGUUUAUUUGCCAUCAGGCAGUUUAUUAAAGCUCCUGUGAGGAACCUGUUCUUUGGCGCCCCCUGUGGACAAACACUUUUAUCUUCUUUUUCUCCUCAAAAUGCUUCAACGGUGUUUUCUGACUAAAAUCUCAUCUUACUGAGUUUUAGCACUGUCCUACUUAUUGUCAGUAUAUUAUACAGAUACCGUAUUUUUCGGACUAUAAGGCGCACUUAAAAUCCUUUUAAUUUUCUCAAAAAUUGACAGUGUUCCUUAUAAUCCAGCGCGCCUUAUGUAUGAUUACUUGUGCUUAUUAAACGAUUUUACAUGGUACAAUUCGCUCAGAAAUCUGUCGAAAGGUGUAAGUAUGACUUAAGAAUGGUUAGCAACAAAGCCGCUCCGCUCAAUGGGUAUUUGGAGCAUUACGGUACACUGUGUCACUACCUGAUUGGCCCCAUAACAGGACCCCUGAGCAGUCUACAAGACUGCCUGACUGUAAUGUCUAAACUAGAAGUGCAUUCAUGUAAGGCAGCCCGGGUCCUGAGCAUGCACUAGCAACAACAAACCAAUCAAUGCUUAAUGUGCCGUAUAAUCCAGUGAGCCUUAUCGCACGAAGAAUAAGGUAAUUUAAAAACAGGGCGCCUACCUCCUUGCAUUGUUUUUUCAGCAUUAAACUAAAACUAAAACAAAAAAGAAAACAUCAGUCUUAUUGCUGAUGGUCUCGUUUGCUUUUGUUUGUCAUAAAAAGGCAUGGACAUAAAUAUGAGUCAAUUUUAGGAACGUUAAAAAAAUCCUCACAAAUGCUUUAAAAUUUUUCGAUAUGAUUUACCAGUGAAAAGUUUUAAGAGCAAUAUUUAAUAGUGAUUGUCUUCUUUUUUGCACCAAGGUCAUACACAAAUGCACCUUGACCAAGAUUCAUAAUAGCAACCACAAUAGCUAUUACAGUUUGUUUGAGAGGGGAUAAUUAACAUAUCCAAAUGUCAAAGUCAUCCAUCCAAAAGUUGAUGUGAGUCUAUGGAAAGUCAUCAGGAUGCGUCUUCUGGAAACCAUAAAUGUCAGACAGAUUGUUCCGGGAAUUGCUUCGUAUUAAUUGUACUCGUUGGAUUAUCCCUGAGUGCGCUCGCUACUCUGAGGCUGGAAGUCCUGCAGAGCUAUUAGUCCAUAUGGAGGCUCCAUGUCGGCCCACUACACAAUAAAUUGGAUUCGAAAGGAUUUACAGCAUACCUGAUUGCAGUGGCUUGAGGGGUAAUGAGGACCUUUUAGAAUGAGAUUGCCUCUGGGCGGGGGGCACCGCUGGAGGGCCCUAACCUCUGCUCCCAUCCCCCACGCAGACACUUCAAGUCGAGGCCUCCUACGUCUGCCUCUUACAGCUCCCAGAAAGCCAGAACCAGGACCGCUCUUCCAUUCAGCAGGCCGGCUGUAAAUCUGGGAACCAGUCAUAUCAGCGCCUGGCAGUGGCCGUGGCUCAGCUAAUCUCCUGGAGCUUUAAACAAUGUGGUUGUCAGACACAAGGCCCUGCCAAGCCCCUUCAGCGAAGUCGAGCCUCAGAGUGGUGA